AUGGGCAUGCCAAGCCAAGCCCGUUCUUCUUCUCUUUUCUGUCUCCCGUCACCUCCUUCCAAUCUCUCUCUUCCCAUUUCUUCUCCAAGCCAACGUGCACCAUUAUCCAAUGAACUAAUGAUGCUUAUUGCCUGGCAUGGCAUGGUAUGUCUAUGUGGUAUGGUGCAUGCAUGUUGCCUGGAGUGCAUGGGGGAAGAGGAAGGGGGUUGGGUUGGGAAGGGGUGGGAAGCAGUGGGGAGGGGUGGAGUGGAAGGGAGUGGGGCGAGAUGGGGUGGGAAGGAGUGGGAAGGGGUGGGGUGGAUUGGUGGAAAUUGGGGGGCGUAUGGGUGGUGGUGUGCAGGGCGGCCGCUGUUUUACCGCGAAUCCAAACGGGACGAGAUUCGCCGGACGUUUCACGAGCCCGUGCCACCCAAGCCAAGGACGGUGCAGGGUGUAGUAGAGGGGGUGGUGUUAUCAGCAGCGAAUGGUAUCUCUUCCCUCUGGAAACGACGCACUCCUGAUAAGAAGUGCCUCAUUCUCGCUGCUCCAGACACACAGCUGCCCAUGCAGCAGCAGCAGCAACAGCAGCAACUGGUGUCGUCAUCAGCAGACGUGCUCAAGGAGUGGCGGGCCGAGGAGGUGAAAGAGGCCAUCCCCAUCGUGUUUGUCACCAGUCACGUGCCUAACGAGCCUCACCACCCGGCUCUUGUGGUCAUUGAACAGGCACGAAGCCUGAACGAUCUCGUAUACAUGGUGGGGGCCCAAUCCCAACCUAUAGCACCGGUCUUCCUCUCUCAUCCUCUGCUCACCUUCCCCUCCUGCUUCCCCUUCCCCUCCUGCUCACCUUUCCCCUCCUGCCUCCCCUUCCCCUCCUGCUCACCUUCCCCUCCUGCUCCCCUUCCCCUCCUGCUCCCAUUCCCCUCCUGCUCCCCUUCCCCUCCUGCUCCACCUUCCCCUCCUGCUUCCCCUUCCCCUCCUGCUCCCCUUCCCCUCCUGCUCCCCUUCCCCUCCUGCUCCCCUUCCCCUCCUGCUCACCUUCCCCUCCUGCUCACCUUCCCUCUUGCUCACCUUCCCCUCCUGCUCACCUUCCCCUCCUGCUCCCCUUCCUCCUGCUCACCUUCCCCUCCUGCUCCCCUUCCCCUCCUGCUCCCCUUCCCUCCUGCUCCCCUUCCCUCCUGCCCUCCCCUUCCCUCCCUGCUCCCCUUCCCCUCCUGCUCCCCUUCCCCUCCUGCUCCCCUUCCCCUCCUGCUCCCCUUCCCCUCCUGCUCCCCUUCCCCCUCCUGCUCCCCUUCCCUCCUGCUCCCCCCUUCUCCCCCUGUCCCCUUCCCCUCCCCUGCCCCCUUCCCCUCCUGCUCCCCUUCCCCGGCCCCACUCCCCUUCCCAGGCGCGGAGUACGGACCUGGUGGUGUACGUGGUGGGGCCCAACCCCAACCUCAAGCACCCGCUUCCCUCCCCUGCCCUUCCUCACCUUUUGAGGCGCCUCAAAAUUGCGGGCGCGGAGUUCUGAACGACCUGGUGUACGUGGUGGGGCCCAAUCCGAACCUGAAGCACCUGUCAGCACUGGGAGUGACCAUCGAGGGGCGCAACGAGUACAACGACACGUGCGCCUGGCUGGCUGUGAGUUGCUGGCUUUCUAAGGGUGGAUCUUUGGGGUUUCUCGUGGGAGUGACCAUUGAGGGACACAACGAGUAUGACGACAUGUGCGCCUGGCUCGCUCGCAAGAUGGGAGUAACGCGAAUAGAGGUGGCGCGGCCAUGGAUCCUCGCUGCGUUCAUGGAGCGCCACAACUUCUCUCGAGUGCUCUCCCUCUCCAUAGACGUCAUGCUCUAUGUCAACGUCUCCCAGGUGGGAGCCCUGUGGCACAUUGAUGCUCUGAAGGACUUCCUAGCCUUGUACAAGCAGAUCUGGUCCAUGGCGCUGUUCGGGGGGCGUCCAGGUUCGGCGCACCUGAUGCGCAAGAAGGAGUACAGCGAGAUGACCAUGCUGGGGUGGUACACGUGGAGCGAGUGCUGGACCAACGACAAGCUCGACCCGCCCUGCAUGGCCGAACCUGUCACUGGCGUCAGUGCCAAGCUGGCCUACAGGCUAAGGCGCACGCGCUUCCGCCCCAAGUUCCUUGUCGAGUCCCUCUGCCAGCCGAGGGCUGCCAAGCUGGCCUACCGGCUGCGCCGCACGCGCUUCCGCCCCAAGUUUCUGGUGGAAUCCCUCUGCCAGCCGAGGGCGUGCCACAACUCCUCGUGGUCCGACGAGGGGCUGUGCGUGUGGGACAACAACUUCUCCGUUGCCACGCCCUCGCACUUUUUCCGAUUCGCCCCCACGCGCGGCGACAAGUGCCCCAGCAGCAAGCUGUAUGAGCACUUCCACGCGUGGAUGGGGCAGGUGCCUCGCAAGAAUGUUCAAUUCCUGGCUGUGAACUUCCAGGGCAGUCGGAGGGACUACUUGAAGCUCGAAGAUCCCGACCCUGCGAAAACAUGGGGCAGCGCUGUCCUUCUGAUAUGUGCACGGCAUGUGAUGUGA